AUGACUGAGCUUGUGCGUAAAUCGAAAGGGCGAGUUUGCUGCAUAGUUUCUGGUAUCAUCUUAAUCAUUCUCUUCCUCAUCUUUCUCGUUGCCUUAAUCUUGGCAUUGACUGUUUACAAACCGAAAAAGCCGAUAAUUCGGAUCCAAUCAGCUACCGUGCAAGGCGUCAACUCGCGUGUAUCUUUACCUUUUGAUGUCCAUCUCAAUUUCACGCUUAGUCUCCAGAUUCAGGUCGAAAAUCGCAACAGUUUGAGUUUCAAACACGAGACCGGGAAGACGUUGGUUUUAUACAGGGAGAAGCAAGUUGGUGAUGUUGAUCUUCCCGCGGGUACUUUCCCGGCUAAAGGUUCAUCGAUUCUACCUGCUCGUCUUACUCUUCAGAUCGACAAGUUUGUUGCUGACUUAAGUGGCCUUAUGCAAGAUAUAUUGGGUGGAAAGAUUGUGUUGGAAACAAAGACAAACAUCCCCGGGAAAAUCAAGCUGUUAGGAAUCUUCACCAAACACUUAGUUGCUAUAUCGGAUUGUAAAAUCACCAUGGACUUCCCUUCCAUGAAAGUGCAGAAUCAAGAAUGUCACAUGAGCACUAAGAUGUAA